UGGUUAAUUCAAAAAUUUUUAAAAUAAUUUUUGCCUUGUUUGUGUUGUGUAUUAAUAUUAUGGAGAUUUGGUCUUGUACUGGCCUUGGAGGUUAUACUGGCCUAGGAGGUUUACCAUUUAACCCUUCUAUCCUGCAAAAUCCAGAUUUGCCGCGAAUGAUUCAAACGUCUUUAAUAUUUUUUUAAUAUUUUUUUGAAAUUUAAGUAUGCCUCCACACCAAAUAGUUCAAUUACUUCCAUUAUAUGGAAGUCUUGCUAAUCAGUAUCCGCAAUAUAUCCCUCUAAUUAUUGCCUUAUCUCAACAACCCCUAUGGCGGGCCUCAAGUUUAUGGUCCGCAGCUUGGAUUUCCUCAAAUACCCCAAUAUCCUCAAGGCCAAGGCAUUCUCCCAUCUUUCCCUCAAGGUCAAGGCAUUUUGCAACCUAUCCCUCAACCCAUUCAAGGAUAAUCUUCAAAAAUCUACGCGAAGUAUUUUUAAAGAAAGUGAAGGUCACUGAUAUAAUGCUUGCCUUUUUGAAUUUAAAAUAUGAAAAAAAAUUUUAA